AUUGUUUUGGAAAAUAACCGUUGAAUACAUAAGUGAUUACCAGGCAUCUGUAAACCAGUCAACCCCCAUUGUGUGAAGCUUUGAAUAAUUAUUGCAACUUGAAAAGGUCUAAUGAAAGUGAAAGAGCUGAACAGUGAAACAAUCAUAUCAAGAAAGUCAACAUUUCCAAGUUAUUAUCAAGCAGGCUCAGACUAAGGCCUCCAAGUAAAUCAAGCAGCAAGCCUUUUGAGCACCAGUUUAAAAGGUCUUUAGUUGAUCUUAUGUGUCCUAUUGCUGAUGAGGCUGUAACCCAGACAUGGAUUGCACAUGAUUUAAUGGUAUACAAUAAUGCCUGAUGUUUAGACAAAAGGUCUUCAUUUCUUCUCAUUCGACAUUCCUGUUGGUGCUGUAUUCCAGACAAAUUAUGUUAUAUAAUGAAUGAUUAGUCAUAAUUGUAUACAAGGGAAAGAAGAUACAGAGGUAAAAGAUCUUUAUUUCUUCUCAUUGGACAUUUCUGUUGGCGCUGCAUUCCAGACAAAUUCUGUUACAUAAUGAUGGAUUAAUUAUAAUUGUGUGGGAUACAAGACAUAGAGUUAUCAGCAGAGAACAGAAGGUACAAGAAGGUGGUCCUUAAUGAAAUCAGGAUAACCAGAUGAAGCAGAUGAUGCAGAUUGCAGACACCAUGUAACAUGAUUCAGAUAAACUUUUGAUCAUUCAAAAUUUGGACAAGACCAUCAUUGGAGUUGAGUGAAUUAAGAUUCCAUCGAUGUGCUUAUAGACGCUUGACUGAGCAAGGUGAGAUACACUGUGACCAAGUCAUGUGAUUUUAAUGUUACUAACAUUCUGCCUUGCGACCGACCUUGUGGCAGCGUGAAUAUCUUUCUGUAAACACUUCAUUUUUAUUCUGUUGCAAACAAAAAUUGGCGCAAAGCUGCUUAAACUGGUUAAGUUCAUAAAAGAGGACUUGAUUUCUGUAUGACUUUUCACACAAUGUCGGAAAGCAGUGAGAAAAUGUCGGACCAUAGUGAAAGUGGAAGUGACAAUGGGCAUACUAAUGACAUUUGCCGCGAUUUUCUGCGUAAUGUCUGCAGGCGUGGGAAGCGGUGUAAAUAUCGUCACCCCGGUGAACCAGAAACAGCUGAAUUUAAAAAGAUCUCCGAAUACACAUUCUGUCACGACUUUCAGAAUAAUGGAUGCCGGCGGAGUAAUUGUAAAUUCCUGCACUGUACUCGAGAGGAGGAAGAUCACGCUCGAUUAACUGGUGAGUUGCCGUCUCGCGUUCAGCCAGCUGCGGCACUCGGCAUCGGUGUGAAUCAUGCUGAAAUGGUUGCAAAGGGUGGUGUUCCUAUAUGUAAGGAUAAUUUGAAAGGUGACUGUCAUAGGGGAAACCAGUGUAAAUAUCGUCACAUAUCAAGCUCGGAGUAUGAAUUCUUACAGAGAAAGUCUGAGGGACGUAAUAAUGAACUGUUCAGUAAGGAGCCUCGUUUUGAUCGGUUCGAGUUUGAGCAAGAAGUUAGUAUCAAGCGUAGAAGACUUGAUCCAGAAUUCGCUAAUGACGGAUUUAGAUCGUUCGAAAAUCGCUACCCUCCUUUAUCACCAAAUUCUAAACCGCUCAGUUAUCAGUUAUUAGAAGAUGAGAAUUCAAUGUUGCGGAAAAAAGUCGACGAACUUAAAAAACAGGUUGCAGACUUAACAGCAACAAACGAAGUGCUCUUGGAACAAAACGCCCGAUAUCGAGUGAGUAAAACAAACAUUUUACAGACUCUUAACUCGGCAGGUGUGCAUGCCGCAAUUCAAGCUUCCUCACUUAACCAUCUUAAUACCAGUCUCGCUCAGCAAAUUGCGCUAAGCAAUGACUUAACGACAAUAACGCAGCAACAUCAGCAACAGGCACUACAGCAGCGAAUGGUUCGCGAAGCUGCGUUAGCGGCAGUGCCUGGGGGACAAUGCAGCAUUGCAGCUCAACAGACUUUAAAUACAGCAACGCUGUCAAUGAAUCCGCCCACAAUCGUUCCUGUCUCACUACCGCAGACGAUGUCGGGCCUCCAGCCAUCAAAUAAUCAAAGUCUCGCUCAGACUAUUGAACUUAAUGGGUCUCUGGUUUCCUACCCGAUUGUCUCCCAGGGGAUGCGAAUGAGUGCUAGCAGUCUUGCUCACUGACAGUGACUGAUACCCCCGUCCCCUGCUUCUUUAUAGUUUGUUACCAUGGUGACAAGAUGGAAAACUCAUGUGAGAAUCACCAACACCCAGAGUUAUGUCCCUUGGUUAGUAAGAAGUAAGUGUAUCAGCAUUGACCACAGGGGAAUGGUCAGCCCAGACCAAAAAUGGACAAGGAUGGAUACUGGAUGAGAAAGGGUGAACAAAUUGUCAAAUGUUGACUUUUGGCUGAUAUGUGACAGUUUUCCUAGGUUUCCUAGGUUUAUGGAGAAACUUCUAAAACUUGGCUAGGCGAAAAUGUGACAGAGUUCCUAGAUCUGAGGGGAAAACUUCUAAAACUUGGCUAUGCUGAAAUGUGAAAAAUUUCUAAGACAAAACAGCAAGGUUCGGUGGAGAAAACUUCAAGAACUCAGCUCCGCAGAUAUAUGACAGAUUUCUAAGCUCUGUUGUGGAAAAUGUCCUUAACAUGACAAGGUUAUUAUGUGAAACAACAUAGUCAGAGGUAAAACUGGCAUUCAACUGACCAUGCUGAAAUAUGUGACAAAUUUUCUAAACAACAGGCAACAAUAUAAUGUUUGUAUUUAGUUAGUAAAAGAGGCGUUGACAUGACCAGGCUAUUGUGGGACAAUUUGCUUUACAAUAAUUCCGAUCUAGAUGGUUUUAAGUGGAAAAAAACACACUAAAUUAUAACAAAAACAAUAUAACUUUGGAUUAAACAGCAAUGUUCCAGUCCUAUCAGAGAUGUUUCAUAGCAGAAAUAUCCAUAACACUUGACAAGGCCAUUAUGAGAUAGUUCUUAUUAGGUCAUGGGUAACAAUUGUAUUUAUUAUAACAUAAAACGAGGGUUACAAGAGUAUCAAUAAUGGUUUUAGGUAAACAUUUCAUGAAAUAGGGUAUGAAUGGAUGAAAAAAAAAAUGGCAACUAUUUGCCUGACCAAGCCUAUAGAUGUCUGCAGCCAAUUGUAUUAAAGUGGAUAAGUCCUAACGAGCGGUUAAAUUUAACCAACUUUUAUACAAUUGGCUGCUGAUAUCCAAAAAUUGAAGAGCAAAAGGCGUUAAGUGUGGUAUCAUUAUGAUGUGAUUUACUGGAAUGUCUCUGUAUGAAGGGGUUUAUGUAAAAGUGUUCUAAAUGAUCUAAAGUGAAGAAGUAUUAGGACAUCUUUGGCUUUUAUUCAUUGCAAUAAAGAUUGACUAAUGAUUUAAAUUUGGCAUUUUCACCCUUAAUUUUAAAGCAAAAUAUGAGUUAUAACAUAGUUUGAGUUUUCAACUGUGAAAAACCCUUAAAUCAAUGUUAAUAAAAUAUGUUUGUUUAUCGUUUCAUUUUGUAAGCAUGGUUGAUAACAAGUUAUGUUAUGCAUUAUUGGUUUUUCUUUGGACAGUCGUUGAAUAUGAAAGUGUGAUCAUUGCUUUAUUCACAUUACGUACAUUAAAAUUGAUUUAUUUCCCCUUGUGAUGAAUUUUUUAUGUAUCAGAGAUGUAAUUGUUGACUGAUGGAUGACUGAUAAAUGCUCUAUAUUUGUUUCUAUGCUCAUAAAGCAGAAGGAAGGAAUUUUACAGUCACAAGCGAUGUGGAAAAAAUAGUUAUUGUUGAUUAUGUAAUUUUCAGUAUAAUAUUUUAGGUUAAACCUCAUAACUUGUUGAAAGGUUUUCUCUCUGGUUAGUAUAAUAUUGAUUCUUGUAUAAUUAAAAACAUCCGUGUAUUUUGGCUGCAAAUACUCAAAAUUAAUCAUAUUAUAAAAGUUACUAUAUCAUAUUAAGCAAAACAUUUGUUGUGUAUUUUUAAUUAAUGUUAAAUUCCAAAACACGAAAAAUAAUAAUCAUCAGACAUUUACAUUAAGUUCUAAAUGAAUAUUUGAAUUUAGUAUCAGAAAAUCGGUUAACUGGUCAAAAUCAUAAGAUACAAGAAUCUUUAUUUAAAGUCGGGUAUAUGGUAACAAAAAACUUUAUAGCUCAUGAGCCAUUUUAUCAACUUAACAUACAUAUAUUAUGAUACUUAACAUGACAAACAAACAAAAAAAAGUCUAAUGCCUACUUAUAUUAUUAUUUUCUUUGUUCCUUUUUGUUGUAUAUAUUUUAUAAAUAAUGUAUAACGAAUGUACGGGCAAAAUAUAUAUAUUACAUUUUGGUUUUAUUUAAACCAACAAUGUAUAAUGUUCAUAGUUUUGUUAUCAUCAUGACCAUAGGCAAGACAGCCAUUUGCAUUUUUAUAAAUAUUGGCCUUUUAUUGAAAUGUUUGAUAGAUAUAUUUCUUUGUUCGAAUACGUGUUACUGUUAUGAUUUUGUAUUUUUGAAAGUCAUUGUACAAUUGAUCGUUUGAGUGCUUAAUUUGAAUUUUAUGUCGACAUACAGUUAUGUGUUUAAGAACUAUUUAAGAUAUUUGAUUAAAAUAAAGUGAUAAAUUUA